CGGCAGGUGGUGCCCGAACAGGGACCUGAAGGACAGGUAAUCUUUCCCUCUUUUCUUUCUCAGAAGUCAGGUACGGUUCUUACCAGGGAGCUGCAGUCCCGCCGGUAAAGGAUCACCGGUUAAGAGUAAGUAAUCAAGGAAUCAUGGGGCACGCAUUGACUAAGAAUGAAAAAAUGUUGGUUACUAUGAUACAACGCAUGUUAGCCAAAUAAGGGUUCCGGACAUCAGUUUUAGAUGUGGAACAGUUUAUUGAAUUUCUAAGAAAGACUAGCCCUUGGUUCGUUGAGGAAGGCUCCUUGACUUUAGAUGAAUGGAAGAGAGUGGGGAAAGAAAUGCGUAAAUAUGUACAGACCAAUGGCGAAAAGACUCUGCCCCCUCAAGCAUUUCAAUUAUGGUUUCAUUUGAGAGAUCUCUUGUCAGAGACAACCCCGUUUCAGGGACUUUGCAGGGAAACUGCUUCUGAUCAGGGGGAAUCCCCUAUUUAUGAUGAAGUGGGUCAGGAGGAAGGAGACGAGGAAGAACGUAUGCCGCUUACUGCCUCUGCUCCUCCUCUGCAGUAUAGCACUAGGAUUAUAGAAGACAAUAAUGAUGACUGGGGUCUUGAUGAUCAACAAGCGGAGCAGGAAUGGGAAGACGGUUAUCGGGAUCACUCUGAUAAUCCCCGAUCCCUUAAGGUGAUUGGCGCUGUGGCCAGUCAGCGGCCCAUGCCAAAACCCAGGAAACAUCCUCCUUUGCCACCUGUUGGCUUUCAGGGAGCUAUGGCAGAGGCACGCAGGACGGGGGAUGCCUCUUUUGGGAUCUUCCCUGUAACAGAAUCAUGGGAUGAUGAGGGUCCUGUAUGGGAGCCCCUCUCAUUAAAGGUGUUAAAGGAACUACAAUCUGCAGUAAAAAGUGUUGGGGCUUCUGCUCCCUACACACUGCAGGUAGUGGAUGUGGUUGCCAGCUCUUGGUUAACACCCUAUGACUGGAUGCAAACCGCAAAAGCCACUCUCAGCCCCGGAGAUUAUAUCCUCUGGAGGACUGAGUAUGAAGACAAGAGUAAAGAAACUGUGGUACAAUCCCUUAAGAAACGUGGCCCUAAGCCCACUAUGUCAAUGCUUAUGGGGACAGAGGAUUACGCCACCCCACAAUCACAGACCAAGAUACCUAGAGAUAUCUUGCAGUUGAUAACAACCAACGCCGUACAAUCAUGGUGUAAGAUUCCUCCUCAGGGAACCAAGGGAGGAGCAUUGGCUAGCAUUAGGCAAGGUACUGAAGAACCUUACCCAGAGUAUAUAGCUAGACUUGAGGAAGCUGUUUCUAGAAUGCUCCCUCCCUCUGAGGGAACGGACAUUCUUUUAAAGCAGUUAGCAUGGGAAAAUGCCAAUGCUCUCUGUCAGGAUCUGAUUAGGCCAAUCAGAAAAACAGGAACCCUGCAAGAUUAUAUAAAAGCAUGCCAAGAUGCCUCACCGGUUGUAGUGCAAGGAAUGGCCUACGCCACAGCAAUGAAAGGA